UAGUGAUGAACGAAUGCCAGAUUAUACCUUUUAUCGAAACCUUUGGUGGGACAAGGGAGAACUUAGCGAAAAGGCAAAGUGGGAAGAAGUAACAUUACCUUAUGUGCUUGCUAAAGGGAUCGACAUUGAGGAAUAUGAACAACGUACAGAAAGGUUUUCCAUUCAUAGAUGUUGGGAAUGGUCAAAUGGAGAAGUCAUAAUCUAUGAAUUUCCUUCUAAACCACAUGAGGUUUGUAUCGGAAAAAUCAGUAAAAUGAUAAUUAAAAGUUGCGGUAAUGCUGACGAAACAAAUGCAGAAAUCCUUAGUGUUGGUUCUACUCGAACACGCGACAGAAACCGUGGAAAAGAAGCCGACGCAUCAUUUCGUCCAAUAAAGCCAGAUGUAACUGCGCCAAAUGGGAGCGACAGAAAUGAAGAACCUUGGCCAAAUUUGGUCGUGGAAGUAGCCUACACUGAGACACUAGAUCACGUCGAAGAAACGUUGCGCUACUGGUUAAGUCCUGGUCGCGCCCAUGAUUGUAUUAUUGUAAAAAUCGAUCCGGUUCCCCAAGGUCAAGUACCUACCCGUAUGAGAGCUUGGCAUUACUGUGUCUCAGGUAGAGGAACGAGAAAUACACCUCAUCUUGUAACCGAGUUUGAAUUCGGUAAACAGGAUGGCACAGGAGCUCAAUUAAAUAUUGUGCAAGGUCAAUGCAUCAUUAACGUAUCAUUAAGAUGUCUUUACCAUGACUUGAAGCCUAAUAUACAAAUCCCUCAAAAUCUUCCUGAUCCUAUUCUAUUGGACUUCUUCUUUGUUCAAUCUGCAAUCACAAAAUCAUUCGGCAUUUAUUAG